CUGUGCGCCCACUCAUCGCCCCGCGCAUUGAUGGCCACUUGCUAGGAGAUCGCCUGCACAUCACCCACACAUCACCCACUCAUUGCCCACUCAUUGCAUGCAUGACCACUUAAACAAGCAACUAAUCACCUCACAAACAAUUAAUCAUGUCGUCUCCACUCCCGACGCCGGUGCACUCGUGCGAGAGCACCACAGACUUGCAGACGGACAUGACAAGCGUCGCGUCGUUGCGGCGCGUGCCCGCCAGCGCGGCGUCGAUGCUCCGGAUGCGGCCGCACGCGCCAUCAUUGUCUCACCUGCUGUUCACCAGGCCUACACGACUUGCCGUCCCUCUACCAACAUGCCGCUCUCGGUCUCGUUCAACUCAAUAUCUCCCCGCAUGCAGAUAUCUUCCUUAUUCCCGCACGAUGCGUCUCCGUUGUCUCCAUCCCCCUGCUUGCGGUCUCUGCCUCUCCCUCUCCCACCUGUGCUCCCCAGUCCGUCCUUCUCCUCGCCCGACCGCGCCGAGGCGUACGCCUUCAUCCACCCCUCCCUCAACAUCUACUUCGCCGACCUUUUAUCUGCCGCGCAGCACCAUCCGCUGCUCGACGGCAGGCUGCUCACGCUGCGCGCGCACUGUGACGCCACGGCGCUCGUGCGCACGUACCGCGUGCUCUGUGGGUGCAGCCUCGGUGCGGAGCUCAUCGCGAGCGUCACCGCCACGCCCAGCGAGGACACGAGCGAGGACGACGACGAGCUCCGCACCGCUCACGCAAACGUGCACUUGUGGAACGACGACGGCGGCGACGGCGAGGACGCAUGGCGCGGCGCCGAGAUCCACACGGGCCGCCGCAAGAUGGGGAGUGUGCGCAGCGUCGAGGUACACGUCAAGGGGCCUGACGUCGACGCCGGGGCCGAUCAUGCCUCCCCUGCGGGCACACACAGCGACGCCAAAAAAUAG